CACUGACUGACUACAGUAGAACAGAACCAACUCUACACUGACUGACUACAGUAGAACAGAACCAACCCUACACUGACUGACUACAGUAGAACAGAACCAACCCUACACUGACUGACUACAGUAGAACAGAACCAACCCUACACUGACUGACUACAGUAGAACAGAACCAACUCUACACUGACUGACUACAGUAGAACGGAAGCAACCCUACACUGACUGACUACAGUAGAACAGAACCAACCCUACACUGACUGACUCAUGUAGAACAGAACCAACCCUACACUGACUGACUACAGUAGAACAGAACCAACCCUACACUGACUGACUACAGUAGAACAGAACCAACUCUACACUGACUGACUACUGUAGAACAGAACCAACCCGCCACUGGGACACUUAUCUACCCCAGAUAGCAGGUGUCACGCUGGCUGACAUAUUUCUAAUGGCUGUGCUGUGUGUGAUGCUUCCUCUCUCCAGAGAAACUGCUCCUGAAGCCUCAGGACAGGCUCUACUCUGAUUCGCUGACAGCAGUGGGGAGGCUGCACGUGUGCAGAAAGGACCUGAGUGAAGUCAUGAGCCCGUUCACAGACAACGCAGAGCUACAACAGAGGUCAGCUCGCAUGCUGAGUAUGAACACAUGGGACGUGGCUGUCACCCUUACAAACUUUGACUGGAGUGUCUUCAACUCAAUACAUGAGCAAGAGCUGGUGUACUUCACGUUCAGCCGUCAUGCCAGCAGUGGCCACACGGUGGCGCUGGAGCUGCUGCUGCAGCGCUGCAAUGAGGUACAGCUGUGGGUGAUGACAGAAGUCCUGAUGUGUCCUACGCUCUGCAACAGAGUCCAGCUCAUCAAGAAGUUCAUCAAAAUCGCUGCCCACUGUAAAGCCCAGAGGAACCUCAACUCUUUCUUUGCCAUCGUUAUGGGUCUGAACACCGCAGCAGUUAGCCGCCUCAGUCAGACCUGGGAGGUCAGUGUUUGUCUGCUUCUGUAUGUGACUAUUUGUGAUGGGAUGUCUUUUAAGCUUUUCAGAUAAACUGGUCUUGAUUGU